UUUUAUUUUUUCUCGACGUAACAUUUUUUUCCCGAGCUUAAAGAUGUCGUCUUAACUUCGUGUUACGCAUUAAAUGUAUUAAAUAUUCUUAUGUCGGGUGUGUUACGCGUACAUGAAAACACACUGAGCCUUUGUCAAAGUAAAAUUGUAAAAAGCAAAUAUUCAAUUCAUUCAAAUCCAAUGUUAUGUACAUAUUCCAGUGUCGAACAUCUGUUUAGGUGAUGUGCAUUGCUUGGGGUAGUCAUUAUGGACACCGAGUCUAUCAGGUCCAUGAGCGAGUAUAGUUCCAAAUCCAAGUACAAGAGUCACACACUUAAAUCAGAUGGUAAUCAUAGAUCCAACAGUUACAAAAACAAUAUUCACUGUGCUCGCAAAUAUUCUGAUAGCUUAACUAAUCCUUAUGAAUCAACUAUGGCUCCAUAUCAAACUACAGUCAUGUUAGAUGAUACCAGAGAUGGCCAAGAUGUUGUUGAAGUACAAAUAUUGCCUCAAGAUGAAAAUUGGGGUGAAAAUACUACAGCAAUUACUGGAAACACUUCUGUUCAGUCAGGAUCAAUGGAAGAAAUGGGUGCUCUUUGGCCAGAUACUGAGCAAAAAAGCGCUUUUCCAUUAUUGUGCCAUCGUUAUAUUGCUAAUACCUUGACAGGACUUUUGUCUCUAGUCGCAUUUCUUAGCCCUUUGGCUAUGCUAGUUUUACCAAAAUUAGGCUUUUUUAGUCCUGCAGCUACAAAUCUUAGUCCUCAACAAAGAGAAACUCUAUUAAAUUGUGGUGCAGAAUGUAAAGGAGUGCUAGUUUCACUGGCAUUCAAAAUGUUUUUAUUAGCUGUGGCAUCAUGGGCAAUUUUUUUACGUCCUGUAAAAGCCACUAUGCCUCGUAUUUACGUAUUUAGAGCAAUUGUAUUAGCAUUAAUAUCAAUUUGUUGUGGUACAUUUUGGCUUUUUUAUGUGGUUCAAGUCACAGAAGGAGUCCGAGCCACAGCUACGGGUGAAGAUUUGCUUGAGUAUCGUGCUCUAGUAUCAUAUUCUUCAUCUUUAUGUGAUUGCCUUCUCUGUGUACAUUAUGUUGCCAUAGUAUUAAUGGAAAUUAGACAUCUUCAGCCUGCUUUUUACAUAAAGGUUGUUAGGAGCCCUGAUGGUGAAAGUCGAUCAUAUCCUAUUGGUCAGUUAAGCAUUCAACGAGCUGCAGUAUGGAUUCUUGAACGAUAUUAUACUGAAUUUUCUAUAUACAACCCUUACUUGGAGCGUUUACCAGUCUCAAAAUCUAAAAAGAAUGCUUCUAGUUUUAAAUUUUAUGAUAUCGAAGGUAUUGGAAGUAAUACUCUUCAAAUGAGUCAGUCUAGAGGCACAAUGAAUGGCCAUGCCAGACGCCGAGACUCAAGUCAUAAUGAGCGUUUCUAUGAAGAACAUGACUAUGAGCGACGAGUAAAAAAGCGAAAAGCUAGACUCCUAACAGCUGCUGAGGAAGCAUUUACUCAUGUAAAACGUUCUCAUCAUGAUCCUGGUGGUGGUUCUACCAUGGAUCCCUAUGAAGCUGCUCAAGCCGUCUUCCCAACAAUUGCACGAUCUCUUCAAAAGUAUUUGAGAGUAACCAGACAACAGCCUAGGCAUACUGUGGAAACUAUUUUGUCCCACCUUGCUUUAUGUUUAACUCAUGAUGCUUCGCCAAAAGCGUUUUUAGAACCUUAUUUAAGUGCAUCUCCAGUAUUACAAAAUGAAAAAGAACAAAAAUCACUCCAGUCUUGGUCAUUAAUUUGUAAUGAGCUUUUGACCCGAGCACUUAAAGAUGGGACAGUAUUUCAACUACGACAAAAUGAUAUAUCACUUUUGUGUACAAUACAUACCCUGCCUCAUUUCAGUAUUACUGAAGAAGUUAUUAACCCAAAAUCAAAUAGAUUUGUACUAAGGUUAAACUCUGAAACUUCUGUUUAAUUUUUUUUCCUUUGUAACUAUUAGUGAUUUGACGAACAAAGGUAUAUUGUAUUUUCUAGUCUUCAAAUUGAUUUAAGUGACUAUUUACUUAUUUUUAUCCUUAUACAUUAUUAUAGUUUUUAUAAGUUUUCUUUGACACCAUCUCAUACUUGCUAAUUUUUUUAAUUGACAAUAUCUUUUGUCUUAGUAAUACUUUGUUUGUACUUUCUUUUUUCUUAGCUAUUUGAAUAUUCUUUUGUAAAAUGGUUAUAUUAUACAAGGGUCUUCAUUUUAUACCACGACAUUGAUAAAAUAUUAAAGAUGACAUAUUUUUUAUCUAGUUUUCUACUAAUUCAGUCUUAAAAUUGUAAGCUGAUAAAAGUAAUAAACUUUAUUUUCUCUUAAAAACUCGACAAUAUUUACAAUUUUCCUUUCAAAAAGACUGUCAAAUAAAAAAAAUUAUGAAUAUAAUUCUUUUUUUAUUGAAAUUAAAUGCCAAAUGUAAUAUUUUAAAGCUCAACUCAGUGGGGCCAUGAACAAUUUGCCAUUGUCUAAACAUUUAUUCUCUAGAAUAUAUGUUAUUUCUAAAGCAGUAUUAUUUUA